UUAAAUGACGUCACUGUGUCAUGUCGACGGGCAGCGUGCGCCAUCUUGAAGCGAAACCAAAUCACGGGCAGAUCCCGCUCGCCUCCGCUUGCUCUCAUUCCGCGCUCGUUCGCACCGUCCGCCCAGCUAAGCUCCAGGAUAAGCCGCACUGAAGGCUCGAGGCACAGGCGAUGAUGGCAGGGGUUGGUGGAGGCAAUGAUUUCCAGUGGUGCUUCUCCCAGGUCAAAGGAGCCAUAGAUGAAGAUGUUGCAGAAGCGGACAUUAUCUCAACUGUUGAAUUUAACUGUUCGGGGGAGUUAUUAGCCACAGGAGACAAAGGGGGGAGAGUCGUCAUAUUUCAGCGAGAACAGGAGAGUAAAAACCGCCUACUCUCAAGAGGGGAAUACAACGUGUACAGCACCUUUCAGAGUCACGAGCCUGAGUUUGAUUACUUGAAAAGUUUAGAAAUCGAGGAGAAGAUCAAUAAAAUCAGAUGGCUCCCGCAACAGAAUGCUGCACACUUUCUCCUUUCUGCAAACGAUAAAACCAUCAAACUAUGGAAGAUCAGCGAAAGGGACAAACGAGCAGAAGGAUACAACCUUAAAGAUGAAGACGGAAGACUGCGAGAUCAGUUUCGAAUCACAACACUACGGGUUCCUGUGUUGAUGCCGAUGGACUUGAUGGUGGAAGCAAGCCCACGCAGAAUAUUUGCUAAUGCACAUACAUAUCACAUCAAUUCCAUUUCAGUAAAUAGUGAUUAUGAAACAUACCUUUCUGCAGAUGACCUCAGAAUAAACCUCUGGCAUUUAGAAAUCACAGAUAGAAGUUUUAACAUUGUAGAUAUAAAACCAGCCAAUAUGGAGGAGCUGACGGAGGUGAUAACAGCGGCCGAGUGUCACCCACACCAGUGUAACGUCUUUGUAUACAGCAGUAGUAAAGGAACCAUCCGCCUGUGUGACACGAGGGCCGCCGCACUCUGUGAUAGACAUAGCAAAUUUUUUGAGGAGCCAGAAGAUCCCAGCAGCCGGUCGUUCUUCUCCGAAAUCAUCUCCUCCAUAUCUGAUGUCAAGUUCAGCCACAGCGGUCGAUACAUGAUGACACGCGAUUACCUCUCCGUUAAGGUUUGGGACCUGAAUAUGGAGAACCGGCCCGUAGAGACCUACCAGGUACACGAGUACCUACGUAGCAAGUUGUGCUCGCUCUACGAGAACGACUGCAUUUUCGACAAGUUUGAGUGCUGUUGGAACGGUUCAGACAGUGCCAUUAUGACGGGCUCCUACAACAAUUUCUUUAGGAUGUUUGACAGGAACACACGCAGGGACAUCACACUGGAGGCAUCGAGGGAGAACAGUAAACCCCGUGCCAUGCUCAAACCCCGCAAGGUCUGCACCGGCGGCAAACGGAAGAAAGACGAAAUCAGUGUGGACAGCCUGGACUUCAACAAGAAGAUCCUACACACCGCCUGGCACCCGAAAGAGAACGUCAUAGCUGUGGCCGCCACCAACAACCUGUAUAUAUUCCAGGACAAAAUUAAUUAAAAAA